GCUCAAAUAAAAAUUAAAAAUUGCUUUUGAAUCGCACAACAGUAGAAGGAAAAUGAAGGGUUCUUCGACGUCGAGCAAACACAAUAAACACAAUAAACGCAAGGCUGAGAAUACUGUUGAAAAUGAAGACUCAAUGAAUUCUGAAUCUGACAAUGAAAGUACAAUAAAUUUAGAGAUUGAUGAAAAGGAUUCAGUGAACUCUGAUAAUACAGAUCUGAUGGAAGAUGAGGACAAUGACGAAGAUCUUGAAUCUGACAAUGCAGACUCUAUACAAGAUGAUGAAGAGGAAGAAAUAGAAUUGGACAGUCAAGAGAUUGAACAUCUUAUAGAAAAUCAAGAAAAAAAGAGAAAGAAAGUUACAGACGAGUUAACCGAGGCAGCAUCUAAGAAAAAGAAAAAGUUAGAAAAAAAUCUUUACAAGCAACCAACGGUCGAAGAACUCAGUCAGCUUAGGGAAACUGAAAAUUUAUUUCAUUCAAAUUUGUUUCGACUUCAAAUUGAAGAGGUUCUCAAUGAAGUGAGACUCAAAAAUAAAUAUAAAGCGUUAUUUGAGAUUUGGUUUGGGAAGUUGAAAGCAGCAAUUGAAUCUAUCAAAGAGACUGAAGAAGUUUCGCUUGUAGAUAAUAAUUUGAAUGAUAAAUUAGGUAUUUGCGUUCCUGUGCCAAAUGUACCAAAAGAAACUAAAAGUGUUUUUAAGUUCUUGAAGCCAUCCAAUAUUAGUGUGGUUGGAUCUUAUAAUUCAGGAUGUAUUCUUGGAUCCACUGUUACCGUAGAUAUAAUGGUGGAGAUGCCAAUCAGUUUAUUCCGGAAGCAGGAUUAUCAGAACUAUGUGUAUUUUAGAAAGAAAGCAACAUAUUUGGCGUUCGUAGCGUCGAAUAUAGGAAGCGAUAUCGCCGAGAGCAAGAAAUUUAUCGGUGAUAAUCUAAGACCUUCCUUGAAGCUUCGACCCAGUGGAAGGUUAAACAAAAAGGUGGACAUAGUGAUACACAUAUCUGCACAGGAAAGUAGUUUUAAGUUGAAUAGAUUUUUGCCAGAGAAAAAUAGUGUUAGGCCAGGAUGGUAUUUCAACAACAAGCAAAAUAGUUCUUUGGAAGACACGUCUUUACCACCCACUCCACACUAUAACUCUCUGGUAUUGCAUGACUUGAUAAUGUUAAGGACUAAUUCCGAAGUUGCGCAAGCAAUAAAAGAGUACCCAAAUUUGAGGGACGGUAUAAUCUUGCUGAAAAUAUGGUUGUGCCAACGUGAAUUGAAUAAGGGAUACGAUGGCUUCACUAGCCACAUAAUUACUAUGUUCGUGCUCUAUUUACUACGCGAGAAAAAGCUGAAUACUUUUAUGAGUAGCUAUCAAAUUGUACGGAAUGUCUGGAUUUGCUUAGCACAGGGAAAUUGGUGCGAGAGUGGAAUUACUAUGUGUGAAGAUAAGGAUAAUCAGAAUCAAAUACUCCAUUAUCACAAAUACUACGAUUGUGUCUUUCUUGAUACAAGUGGAUAUUGUAAUUUCGCUGCGAAUCUAUCGAAAGAUACUUUUUCGUGGGUACAGAGAGAAGCGGCGCUAUGCUUGAAACACAUAGAUAAUAUACACGUUGAUAGCUUUCAUGCACUUUUCAUGCGAAGCGUGCCAUUUCAUAGAGCAUUUGAUCACAUUUUAUGUUUUCAGGACAAAUCCUUUUUAGAGAUAACAGUAAAUGCAAAAUCCACCGUAGAUAAUAAACUAAAUUAUGGACCUGAUAAACGUAGUCAGGCGAUUAAACUGCUUUUCAAUGUUCUGAAGAAAGGUCUAGGAGAUAGAAUUAAUCGAUUGUGCGUACUACCCAAUGUAUGUAAGGAAUGGGAAUGUACCGAGAAGAUACCAGAUAGUAUUGGAAAGCUUGUUAUUGGACUAGAAUUGAAUCCUGAAACAUGUUUCAAUAUCGUGGAUAAAGGACCUGAAGCGAAUUUACCAGAAGCAGUUGACUUCAGAAAUUUUUGGGGCGACAAAUCCGAAUUACGUAGAUUUAAAGAUGGAGCCAUUCGUGAAGCUGUGAUUUGGUCAAAAGGUAAAACUCUCACAGACAAGAGAAUAAUAUGCAAGAAGAUAAUAGUAUUUCUAUUAGAAACAAAGUUCAGUAUCUUCAAAAACCAAUAUUUAUACGUCGCGAAUCAAAUGGAAGAUUUGCUGAAAUUACACAAGUAUAAAAUAACGCACUUCGUAUACGGGACCGGUGAAGAAGCUACACUGAAGGUUCUGCAAGCUUUCAAUACCUUAGAGAAAAAUUUGAUGUCUUUGAACGAUAUGCCUUUGACAAUAAACGGUGUGCAAGGCUCGAGUCCGGUUUUCCGAUAUGCGGAAGUCUUCCCACCGCUUGCUACCGUUCAUCGGCAAGUUGAUGGUAUCACCGAGGAAAAUAAAAAUUGCCUGAGCCUUUCAAAAAACAUCAUAAAAUGCCCUACAUAUGUUCACGCGCUCGAUGCAACAUUACAGUUGUCGACUAGUGGGAAAUGGCCUGAGGAAUUGGAAGCCAUUAGGAAGACGAAGGCGGCAUUUUACAUACAAAUCGCGGAAUGCCUCAGGACGCAGCAUGCAUUGACAGUACAGGCGAAUCCUUCUUAUAUAGAUGUUUACCAGAAUGGGUUCGUUUUUCGAUUGAGAGUGGCACAUCAGAAAGAAAUUGCUUUAAUGAAACAAGUCAAGGAGGACGGAGUGAUUAAAUACAGGGACAAUGAAGAAUCCAUUGAAUUAGAAAAUAAAUUAUUUCAUUUACCGAAAUUGAGCAGCGCCUUGCAUGGGUUGCAUUCUCAGCAACCGUCAUUCGGUCCCGCUUGUUGUUUGGCGAAACGCUGGUUAUCAGCGCAACUGUUAGAUGAUACUCAUAUACCUGGAAUUGUAGUUGAAUUGCUCAUGGCAUCGUUGUAUUUAGCACCAGAACCAUAUAAGCCGGCCCAGACACCUCAAGUAGCAUUUCUACGAUUUCUAGAAAUCGUUGCGAGAGCUCACUGGAACACCGAUCCCGUGAUUGUUAAUUUCAACGGCGAGAUGACCAAUGAAGAAAUUGCUGCCGUGGAAACAUUAUUUAAUACAGCUCGCAGUUCUCUACCACCCUUAUUCAUAUCUACUCCUUACGAUCAGCAGAAAACCUUGUGGACUAGAAAAGCUCCAUCGCAUUUGGUUAUAAACCGUAUGAGUGUACUCGCGAAGGAAUCGCUGAAAUUAUUCGACGAUUUAUUGUUCAAUAAUGCAGUCUUGGAUUUAAAACCUAUAUUCCGUCCUCCGCUGUUGGAAUACGAUUGUUUGCUACAUUUAAAGUCACUUAUGAUUCCUAGAAGACUGCAGGCAGUUGAUGUACCCAGUAAAGCAAAAAUCGUAGAUUUACAUCCAUAUAAGAUUCAUUCUCUCCAAAAAAUUCCUGUCGUAGACUUCGAUCCUAUAGAAUGUUUCUUAAAAGAUUUAAGAAACGGUUAUGGAGAUUACGCAUUGUUUUUUCAUGAUACUUAUGGUGGAGCGGUGAUCGGGGUUUUGUUGAAACCCACUGUCCUCGAGCGUAAAGAUUUCAAAGUGUCGGAUACCAAUUGUAGAAAAUUCGAUGCUGAUGGUAAACUCAUCUUAAACAUUUCGACUAUGAUCGAGGACUUUUACAUUCUAGGGAGAGGUAUAAUACGCACGAUUGAUAUUCCUAAUAAAAAAAAGUUUUCCUUGAUAUCAGAGUCAACUACAUAGGUAUGUUGAAAGCUCGAGAAUCUCGAGAUUUGUGAAACGCAACAUUUGUACAUAUAGUAAAUAAAUAUUUUUUACAAAAAGAUACU